CAGAAUAAUUGUAAUAUAAAAGUUAAUUAAUUAUUGUAAUCUUAAGAUAAGAAGAAGUAUCCAUAGACAUGCUAUAAUGCUUUAGCACUCUUCGGGGUUUGGCCAUAUUAACUAAUGAGUCAUCUUAUCGUUCCAAUUAUCAAUUGCCAGUUCCAUCCAAACGAACAGUAUAUACUUAGUGCUUCUGACCCAAAUUGGCCUUAUCAGACUUAUCUUACAACUCAUCACUUGCACCACUACCACCAACCCUCUUAUUAUUACAAAGCAACCAAACUUUUCAUCUAUAUAUGGAAAUAGUUGAUGAAUCACCCUAUAAUUUUGGCUGCAUUCAUAUAGUUCUAUUGCUCAUAUGCUUUGCUUCUGUAAGUGCCAGAGGGACCUUAAAGUCUAAGCCCCACCACUAUAUGCAUACAUCUCCCUUGCUUAUAAAUAUGGCGAUGAAUUGAAUAUGUUUUUAGCAACUCCUUGCUUCCCUUGAGACUGUGAGUGAGAUCAACUACUAAUGGAUGGAACUCUUUCCUUUUUAUGCAUUGUCUCUGUCCUUCUUUUCAUUUCACCUUCCAACUCUCAGAGUACUUUCAAUUUCUCUCGUGCUUCCUUCUAUGGCAGCUUCGACUGCCCUGCUAGCUUAGACUGCCCUGCUAACUACAGAGGAGCCUGUGGUUACAUUGAUCUUGGACUUCAAAUCAAUGGUGGUGAUGUAGCGGCAGUGCACAAGUUGUAUCGUGGCGGCACAGGUUGCGGUGCGUGUUACCAGGUGCGAUGCACAUACCCACAAAUCUGCAACACGGAUGGUGUGAAUGUUGUGGCGACAGACUACGGUGUUGGAGACGAUACAGAUUUCAUCCUCAGUGCUCGUUCAUUUGCAAAACUUGCUCAGCCUAAUAUGGCUUCCCAGUUGAUACCAUAUGGUGUAGUAGAUAUUCAGUAUCGCAGGAUAUCAUGUAAGUAUCCAGGAUCCAACAUGAUGGUUAAGAUCAAUGAGCACAGUGAUUAUCCAAACUAUCUUGCUAUCAUUAUCCUUUAUCGAGCAGGACAGAAGGAUAUCGUAGAUGCUGAAAUAUGGCAGAAGGACCACAAGGCAUGGAGGAAAAUGCGUAAGCCAUAUGGUGAUGUGUGGGACAUGGAGAACCCUCCCAAGGGUCCCUUGACCAUCCGAUGUCAAACGAGCGGUGAUGAUGGUCAGAAGUGGGUGCAGCUUACAGGUGUGAUCCCGAGUAAUUGGCAAGCAGGUGUAACCUAUGACACAUUGGUUCAGCUAGACUGAAACCUGUAUCGUAAUGUAUGCUAAUUUGCUUUUAAUGAUAUAAUAAAGCUAGCUUUAGCAGAUGAUAUUAUUGAUAUUAUGUAUCUAUUUUGAUUA